GGAAAAAACUGUUAGUCACAUGACACCGAGGAAAUGACAUCAGCAAGUCAUGUGCUACUACCAUGGGUAGACCAAAGAGUUCUCGCACACCAUUGAGCGCUGCUGAAAAGCAAAGGCGCUAUCGUGCCAGGCGUGAUGCUGAUGUGCAGAGGAGACAGGAGUACUUGGUAAACGAGAAAGAGAAGUGGAGGAAAGAUGUAGAAACAGGAAAGAAGAAAACGCAAAAAGACAAGAGUGAGAGAGAGCAGCGUGUCCAUCGUAAAAAAUGGAGAGAGGCACAUAAGAGGAGUAAUGCCAGGAAAGAGGCACUUGAGAGAUUAAACGGAGCGAAAUUAAACCUUGAGCUGCAGAAAGUAAAUGAUCAGUUGAGAAAAGCAGAACAGAGGGCAGAAAAAUACAAAAAUCACCUCCAACGACUGAAAAAUAACAAUCCAUCUCCCAGAACAAAAGUCAACAAGUUGAUUGGGAACCUCUCAGGUACAUCCCUAAGAAGAACCUUAUUGUUCCAUAGAGCAGUGGCUGAGGAAGUACGUAACAAGUAUGUUCAUUCAAAAAGAGAGAGUGACAGACAAGUCAUUGCAGGAAUAGUCACCAGCAAGAUAAUAAUGAAGUACAGGCUGCAGAGAUUGGUGCAAGAAGUUUUGGGAUUUUCAAGGAGGAGGACAAAAUGUGCGACUGAAAAUGUCUGCAGGUACCAAAAAAACAAGUGCUUCACCUUUGUUGCCACUGAUGACCAGACAGAAGGCCCCAUUCACAACACACCAGAAGAGGUGCAGUGGCACAGCCAAGAGGUUGUGGGCAAAUGGUGUGCCCUGGUGUAUGACAACAUCAUCUACCCAGGGAUCAUCACAGAGGUGAAUGAGACCCACUGCCAGGUGAAAUGUUUGCACAAAGUGGGGUCAAACCGUUUCUACUGGCCAUUGAGGGAUGAUCUUCAUUGGUAUCCCUUACAAGAUGUGCUGAGCCUUAUUCCUCCCCCAGAGAACGUUACAUCACGCCACAUGGCUAUUGCAAGGGAGGUAUGGAAUACUCUGGCAUGCCACGGAAAGUGAAUGUGUGCUGCAGCAGGGUGGGACAUGUUCAAUUUAGUUAAUAUUUGUCAGUUCAUGACUAUUUUUUAAAAUGCUCAUUAAUCUUUAAGCACAUUUGUUGUUGUGUUGACAUGUUUGUUAUGCAUCAUUGAUACUCUUCCUGUUCAUCCUUCAUUGGAAAAUGUAUAUAAAAUAUUAUCAA